AUGUUCAAAUUUGACUUUUUUAAUAAAAUAAUAAUAUCCCUGCAGGCCGUUGUCGUCUUUGCCGUUAUUGCUUGUGCUGCUGCCAAGCCUGGUUUGAUUGGUGCUCCCUUGGCCUACACUGCCCCAGCUGCUGUUGUCGCUGCCGCUCCAGCUCCUGUCGUCACUGCCACCAGUAGCCAAUAUGUUGCCCGUAACUACAAUGGUAUUGCCACCGCUCCAGUUGUUGCUCCCGUUGCCACCCCCGUGGUAGCCAAAACUGUUGCUGCUCCUCUCGUUGCCAAGACUUUUGCUGCCCCUGUCGCUGCCGCCUAUGCCGCUCCAUUGGCUUACAGCGCUCCCUUGACUUAUGCCGCAGCUCCUGCCCCAGUUUUGUUGUAAAUGACAUGGAUUAUCUCACUGAAAAUGGCUAAUUUGAAUUUGAA